AUGCACAAGUCCGAUGAGGAUCCGAUUCUGAAACCGGAGAACAAGGACUCAAUGUGUCGCGGAGUACGGGUGCAAGACGAAUGGACGUAUUUUUGCGGAAUUUGGGUGCGGAAUCGCUCGCUUGUCAUAUUUCUCGCCAUAGCACAAUUUAUCGUCGCUACCGUAUCACUGGCUCAACAUAUCUAUUCAGUAGCGAAUUUUAAUAAUAUUUUUCUCUGCUCAUUCAACGAAUCUUCUCCUGCAGGAAGUUUCUUAAGUGCUGAUGUCAUCAUCUUCGAUUUUGGUCUGUUCCAUGAGUUGAUACAGGUACAAGAAUGUAUUGCAAACUACCUCGAUGGAGGUUAUAUGCGCUGUCUAUGGUGUUUAGGGCAGAUGAUGGCAUUAGCUCUUACGAUAGGAACAUGUCUCUGCGUUGCUCGUCCGCAUCCGCUACUGCUUUGGCCACAGCUGAUCAUCCAAAACUCGUACUGCUUUGGCUUGGUAAUUCUGACUAUAGCCACAGCUGACAAGCUGCUCGUCUCGAUUCUGCACCCGACGAAUCCGCACCUCAGCCUGCUGAUUCUCUACUUCGGCAUAGGCACCUGUACGAAUCACAUCUUCGACUAUAUUCUCUGGCAUUAUUACUGGCACGAAGAGUUCCAGUACAUUAGCCGAACAGGCAAACAUGUGAUUCCUUUCUGGGUUUGA